UUGAUGCACCUUCCGGGCCAGAUCUCUACCGACACGUGUGUGGGCUGGAUGCUGAAGCUGGUGGUUUUUCACUGCCUGAGAAACAGCUAUUUCCUGUGCAGACAGCGGUGGAGUAGCAGCGCUGUGGCCUCACUGCUGUGCGCAGUCAGACUUCUGCUUCCUCACCCGUGUCCCCAGAGCAUGGCUGUCUGCACCACGCUGGUGGCCAUUGGCCUCGUAGUCUGUACUGCUUUCUCUAAAGGCAUAUCUACACAGGUCUCUCCAUUAUUUGUCUUUCUCACUCUUGUAGCAGGACUUCACACCAUCCAGGUGGACUACAGAGAGGAAGUGAAUGCUAUGGUUGGGGAGAAUGUUAGCCUGCCGUGUGAGAUAGUUAACUCUUCUGGAACUAUGGUGACCAUGCUUGAGUGGAAGAAGCAAGAAGUGGGGCAGCAGGCCGAGAGCCGGCUUCUGGUCCACGCCCCUACUGCCCAGACUCACAUGCACAGAGCCAACAUCUCAGUCAAGCUAAAGAAACGCCAGGAGAAACUGACGGGAUCGAUCCUGCAGCUCUAUAACGUGAGCGUGUGGGACAGUGGCAACUACAUAUGCACUCUCAGCACCUUCCCUAAUGGAGCUAUCAGAAGCGUGACACACCUGCUGGUCAAAGAUCAUGUCCAUCCACUGGAUAUCAAACUGUAUGCCACUGUGAUGAAUCUCGAUUAUGGGUUGAAAGAGGGGGACCAAGUGACCAUCUUCUGCAACAGUACCCCCCCUGCCGACACCUACACCCUCAGUCAUUCCCUGAAAAAUACAUCUGUGAUGUGGAGCCAGGAUGGGAUCUUCACUCUGGCAAACGUGACGAGGCACCACAGUGGCCUCUAUGUCUGCCAGCCCAGCAGUCAGUCGUCUGGCCUACUUUUCAAAAACCACAACAUCACCAUCAAUCUCACAGUCCACUUUAUGGAUGACCUAAGAUGUAACAGCAGGGCAAUCCAGGCUGACACUGGACAGAAUGCUACCCUCUCCUGUGUGUCUGACGCAUCCUCGUCACUGAGGUACACAUGGACCAAGGAUAAUGUGACCGUGUCUAACUUCAGCCUGCUUCAGCUCUCGGGGGUCAGCGAGAACCAAGCAGGGAUUUAUACUGUGACCGCAACCAUGGUUGCCCCCCCCCAACUGCAAAAGCGAGCUGUGGUAACUGUGACCGUGCAUAGCCACGUGGGCCCCACCUGGCAUGAAGCAGACAAAACUUAUGUAACAGAAGAUAAAAGUGACCCCCCCCAGAGCAGCAUCAGCUCCACAAUGCCUGGCUCCACAUUCACCCAAUGGGGGAUGACCCCCAGUCCUAGGACGCCACAAUCUGCUCCGGAGAAUGGAACAACAACAUACUUCACUGGCAACAGCACGACACAGCCAGCCAACGAAACCACGCCGUGGUCGGAUCUCAAUGCCACGCUGACCCUAGGGUUUGGCCUGCUGUCUACUGCAUCACCGACGCUUGAUGGGACCGCCACGAAUCUGGCGACAUCACCCAAAGUUAACGUCACACAUUUGUCAGGGACCAGUAAAAGGACAGGGUUAGCUACCUUGUUCUCCUUCCUUGUCCUGGCAGCUGUCGUGACUGGUUUGUACACACGAUACAGGAUACAGAGACGAUUGGAUUUGCCCCCGCCUUUCAAGCCUCCCCCUCCCCCCGUGAAGUACACCUCAGUGCGGGACCAGAUGACCCUACUUACAGUCAGCCCCAUGAUGGAUAUCAGGAAGAUUUAAAGCGCAAUGUAGUUUAUUAAGAGAAAAUGAAUUAAUUUUUCAAUACAUGUAAACAAAUCUUUACAUUUUUAAUGAAAUCAAGAUGUUUUGUUUUUCAAAACUUUUUGUCAUUUGGUGUGUAAGUGUGCCCUGUGAUGGGUUGGCUCCCCAUCCUGUGGUGUUCACUGCCUUGGCUCCAUAGUUUCUGGGAUAAGCUUUUUCUCUCAUUCGUCUUACAGUCGCGGGCAUAUGACAGUGUCCCAGAAACAACCUGCCAAACCCUGGUGCUGGUGGCUUUGUGGGCCUGUGGGUUUGCAGAGGCAGAGAUGGGCAGUAUUUCAAUUAAAUGUAUUUAAAAUACAUAUUUAAUUACUUUUAAGUAUUUUGUAAUUUUGUAUUUUGCUGAACAGAAAAAAAUUGUAACAAAAUACUUCGAGAGACUGCAUUAUAUGUAUUUAAAAUACUUGGUGUUAUAUGCCAUUUUAUUUAUUUAUUUUCUGUCAUUUUAAGACCCUUAUUCACCAGGCUUACGGACUUUUUAUUACAGCCUAUCACCGUCUUCGGCUGAAUGCAAGUAAAUCACGUGACACGUCCUACUGGGCGCAGUUUGCUCAUUUUGAACUUUGUUUUCCCAUGACCGGUAAUCCAAGGAAAGAAGGUGCUUUGGUGCUCGGUGCAAAUUGCCUUAAUAUAAAGUAUGUAGUAAAAUAUGCUACAAGAUAUUGCUCACUGAAUGUCAUUGUAGGACAGAAAAACAGAGCAAUUAGCAAACCGCAGUGCUGUACUCUAGAACUUGAGUUAAUUUGCUGGCCUGCUAGUGGCAUUCCAGUUCAUUUCAAUACGCAUGUUCCUCUUGUGGUUUGUCAUGUAAGGCUUCAUUGGCUGUAAUACACAGAAAACAGGCUAGCCACUUUUGUUCCUAAGUGCAAAAUAAAUUUUUAUUCAGUAAACGUAGGUGUUUUUAUAGCCAGUCGGUUCUGUAAAACAGAAGCGAAUAGUAACGUUGAAUAUUAUAUGUGUCACUGCCGCGGGUUACUCCUUUUUUUGAGCGUAUUAUCUUAAAAAAUGUAAUCUUUUAUUUGAGUUUGCGCAAGUUUGCCAGCCCACUGUAAAAUAAAGCGGGAAAUUCACACA